AACGACGUCGUCGUCGUUUGGGACACACAGCACAACCUUAUUUCUAGGUCCGAGGUAAGGGGAAACAUGAGCGAGGUUGUUUCCCUGUCGCUCGCUCUUCACACAUCAUUUUUAAGGUUUCAUCUUUGAGGUGGAUCCACUUCCCUUUUCAAUUUCAGGUAGUGCAUCUUAGAUAUGGCAGUAAAACCAACAGUUGCAUUGAGGGCCAUCCUUGUUGGAGGCAUAGCAGCAUUUGCUAAAGUAGCAGGUGCAAUGAAGGCUGCAGGUGGUGUAAAAAUUGGAGCAGCUGCAGCUGCCAUGACGGCGGCAGCGACUGCAGCUAUGACUGGAUCUAAACAAGAGGAAAAAGAUGCUGCUCAACAGUCUCCUAAAUAAUUAACUGUAUCUUUUCUUUUCUUUUUCCUGCCAGACAUUUUUCUGAUGGUGAGGUUUAUGUAGCAUAGUUGAAUGUUCCGCGAGUUUAACCGGAAGAAAGAGACCUUCUGCGAAAUAUAGUCUUGACAGAUGGUGAUGUAUUACACUCCUCCAGUCUUUGCAAUAAGAUUACAUUAAAUUUGUAAACUCUCAGCUGAUUAGUGUGUGAAAGUGAAUUAGAUUUCGUUUAUCUGA